AAGGGACAAUCUUCAAGAAUUGUCUAUACUCUUCGUAUGUGACUUUAUCCAAGCACACUCUUUAUCUUUUUUCCACUUUCCAUAAAUGCGUGUGUCCGAAAGCAGAUCGCCCUGACUCUUUCACACACACACAGACACAAAUACACAUACACAUAUACUCUUCUGUUUUAUUGAUUUUCCCGCAGAGGCGCAAGCGCUACAUCCUCGAUUGCAACAAGGGGGGUGCGGCUGUAACCAUGGAUCCCAGUGUACUCGCUACCAUGGACAAGGACACAUUGAAGAAACAGAUCGAGAACAUGAAAUAUCAAGCGGCCAUGGAACGAUGGUCGUUAUCGAAGAGUAUCACGGCGAUGAGAGAGUACGUCGAAGAAAAUGAGAAGAACGACCCACUGAUACACGCGCCUGACAAAAAGAACAAUCCAUGGGCCGAGAAAGGCAAGUGCAUAAUCAUGUAAGAGGAGAACCGAAUAGGGAGGACACGAAGAGGGAGAAAAGAAAAGACGGAAGCGAACGAAAGGACGAAAGAGAACGAUGAUGAAGAUGAAGAUCAAGAAGAAGAUGAAGAAGGGCCGGUGUGUGUUUCAUCUACAACAGAAGAGAGAGA